AAUGGUCCCAUUUAAAAUAAGGUCUGAGACUGACAGCGGUCCGUCCCGCCCUUCCUGUUUGCUGCAGCGAGGUCCUUCUUAGGUGAUGACCACCUGAGGGGGCGGUGCCAGGAGGAUCUGAAACAGCUGCCUCUGAUUGAAAAGUGAUAAAACAUCCAUCUUCAGGAAAUAGAGUAAUCCAGUCCAAUAAUAGCUGAGAUACUGCUCCACUUAAAUACGCAUUUUUGAUCCAAAUUAUCACACUUUAUAGGAAAGACCAAAUUUGCAGCAAAAAACUAUGAACAGUAAAUGCAAGUCAUAUUGGCACAUGAAUUUAUUGGAAUUGGUUUAAAAUUUCAUUAAAGUAAAGAAGACAAAUUUAUGCUUGGUAAUUUAAGAUUCACUGUUUUUUUUGUUUUACUACCAACUACAAAUUAUUGAGGCGAAUAAUCAGUUUCAAACAGAGACAAAAUCUAUUUGCACGUCAAAUAUAAACUAUAAACGUCUUUUAAAUAAUCAAAAAUCCCAUAAUUGCUUACAUGACCCUCCCAAUAUGGCGGACAUGUUAGCGUCUCGCUGAUGCCCUGUGUGGGCGGGACUUCCUGGUGUUCUACUCCGUGAUUGGCGGGUCCAGCCUUUGACCCCAGUGCGCAGACUCGUGCUUCUCUCCGGUACAAUGGCGGCAGUUGGAGCGCCGUCCUCCGUGUUUUCUCGGGUUUCUGUCCACGGAGCAGCAGCGGGAGAGUUAAUAAAGCUGUAAGACAGAAACAGCAGCAGUUGGUGAACUCUGGAAAGAAGAGAAACGGUUUGAGGCUCAGCUGGAACUGCUCAGUAACUGUUAAAGGAAAGUUUGGAGAGAGAAAAGCUAGCAGAGAUGUGGAGACAGCAGGUCAAACAGCGACUGGAUGCAGCAGAGGAGCAGAGACACGAAAUACUGGAUGCUGCUUUCAGCCCCGAACAUCGGCUGCACACAUCAGAUGUUCUGCUGGUUAAAGAAGAACCAAGUCCUGAUCUGGACCAGAACCACCCAGAACCCGUCCACAUAAAGGAGGAAGAGGAGGAACCCUGGAGCAGCCAGCAGGGGGAGCCGCUCAGCGUGAAGGAGGAGGCUGAUGCCUCCAGGUCUCCAGUCAUUGCUGUUCUCAUAAAGAGCGAAGAUGAUGAAGAGGAACCUCUGACCUCUCAUCUUCAUCAAACAGAAGAUGAAGAACUGCCAAGCAGCAGCUCAGCUCAGCAGAACCUGAAAGCAGAAGAGGGCUAUGGAGGAGCAGAAUGCACCAUAAAUCCGGAUCGAAACCCUCAUGGAGACGCUUCCAGCUCUUCAGAGACAGAGAUCAGUGAUGAUGACGAUGAGGUGAACCACCCUGGGUCAGAAGAUGAAGGCAAUGAGAAUGACUGCAAAGGCUUCAGAGAGAAUACAAACAUGAACCAGGAGAGGGAAGUCCAGACAGAUCUGAAAUGUUUUAAAUGUACUGAGUGUGGUCAAAGUUUUACCAAGAAAAACCAUCUCAAAGUUCAUGUGAAAGUUCACACUUUGGAGAAACCAUUUGGCUGUGAGGUUUGUGGACAAAGAUUUGAUGAAAAGUCCUAUUUAGACCAACACAUCAUAAUCCACUCAGAAGAAAAAACAUUUGUUUGUAACGUCUGCAGACAAACGUUCAGCCAAAGAACACAUUUAAGCAGACAUAUGAAAAUCCACAGCGGGGAGAAACCGUUUGGCUGUGAUGUUUGUGGACAAAGUUUUAACAGGAAAUCCCAUUUAAACAGACACCUGAAAAUUCACACAGGAGAGAAACCUUUUGGGUGUGACAUUUGUGGACAAAGAUUUCAUGAAAAGGCCUAUUUAGACAGACACAUCAAAAUCCACUCAGGAGAAAAACCAUUUGCUUGUGAUGUCUGCGGACAAAGAUUUAGUAGAAAGGCACAUUUAGACCGACACAUGGGCAGCCACGCUGAUGAGAAACCUUUUGGUUGUGACGUUUGCAGACAAAGAUUUACCCACAAAUCUGCUUUAAACAGACACAUGAUUAUUCACACAGGAGACAAACCUUUUAGCUGUGAAGUUUGUGGACAAAGAUUUAACCAAAAGUCAGUUUUAAUGACACAUGUAAGGAUCCACACAGGGGACAAACCCUACGCCUGUGAUUUUUGUGGACUAAGAUUUAACCAAAAGUCAAAUUUAAACAGCCACAUCAAAAUCCAUACAGGAUACAGACCGUUCAGUUGUGAUGUUUGUGGACAAAAAUUUAACCGAAAAGGAAAUCUAAACAUGCACAUGAGAACCCAUGCAGCAGGGAAGAAUCUUUAGAUACUCCGAUGGUUGAGGAAAAAACGCAGACAUGUUCUGACUUAGAUCACUGCAAAUUAAAUGGGUCUUUACUCCAGAACUUUUUUAGCUUCUUUUUUUCAUGAAAAAUGUAUUUGGUUUCAGAAACAUUUAAUCACGAGCAGAACAGACAAUAAUCAGUCGAUUUUAUCAGAUUGUUGAGAAAAGUGCUGAUGUAUCUGCCGUCUUCUCAGCAGCAAAGACUCAGCUGAAUUUUAAACAGGCUUAUCUUUGGUCAGCACAUCCCAUUGUAACCAGCAGCACCCCCUACUGUCUGAAACAAGGAGCCAAUGGUGAUCUGUGGGCUUGUUUUCUGAAGGACAAAACAUCAUUGGUUCUCUUCAAUGAGUCUCAUGAAUUAGACCCAUGAGCUAAAAAAAUUAGCUGGAGCUAACACCAUUAGCUGGAGCUAAUACCAUUAGCUGGAGCUAAAACCAUUAGCUGGAGCUAACACCAUUAGCUGGAGCUA